CCCGCCGAUUCUCCUCUUUUCGCAGCCCCAAUGGCGUCAGAGAAAACCCUAGCCCUCCUGCGCUCGAGGCUCUGCAACCGUAAUUUCGUCCACUCCGCCUUCAAAUCUUCCCCUGAUUCCAACUACAGCAAGCUGAAGUUUCUUAUCGCGAACUCCAUAUCGGAGGCCUGCAACAACUCUGUACUCCUUCUCGGUCCUCGUGGAUGCGGCAAAUCAGCGGUGGUGGACCUAGUUCUUGAAGAUUUAAAGGCUGAGCAUCCUGACAUGAUUACUGUGGUUAGGUUAAAUGGGCUUCUACACAGUGAUGACAAUUGCGCACUGAAGGAAAUAGCUAGACAACUUUGCUCAGAACUCCAACUUUUAUUCUCAAAAGCGGCCUCAUCUGAUGAUAACUCUCAGUUCAUGAUAGACAUGUUGCGAGAAUGUGGAUUAGCUCACAAGACAGUCAUCUUUGUCCUAGAUGAGUUUGACCUCUUCACUCAGGGAAAACAACGGUUGCUCUAUAGCUUGCUAGAUGCUAUGCAGACAUUGACUUCCCAGUCUGUAGUGAUUGGCGUGAGCUGUCGCUUGGAUGCAGACCAGCUCUUAGAAAAAAGAGUAAGAUCUCGGUUUUCACAUAGGAAGCUUCUAUGUGCUCCUCCAACAUCAGAAGACACAGUAAGAUUGUUGGAACAUCUUUUAUACUUGCCAAAAGAUGAGAGUUUUCCCUCAAGCUACAUCAGAGAUUUCAAUUCAGCGGUCCAGAAAAUUUUAGGUGAUAAAAGGUUCAAAGAAAUUCUUAAUUCACUAUCAAACGUUGAGGGCACUAUCAGCAACCUGUUGAGGUUUCUUUUCAGGGUUGUAAGUUAUUUGGAUUUAGAGUCUGGAUUGCUGUCCCUGGAGAACUUUAAAACUGCUCUUCCGUGCACUCAGAGGCAGCCCAAGCUUGAUGCUCUGUUAGAUGUCUCAAUCUUGGAGCUGUAUAUGUUAGUCUGCAUGAACAGGCUGGAGAUUAAAGAGCAGAACUCAUACAACUUCAGCUCUAUAAUGAAAGAGUAUAAGUCUAUACAAGAUGCUUAUAAGACCUCUGACAAUUAUGCACACAAUGUUUGUUUACGGGCUUUCGAGCAUCUCCUGGAACGAGAGUUAAUUGGUUUCAGUGAUCCUAGGUCUCGAAGUCUGUCUAUUGAGUUUCGUCCAGUGAAACUUCUGUUAUCUCCUCGUGAGCUGCAUCAGGGAUUGAAGUCGAACUCUUCUUGUCCUGCCAUUCUUCAAAAAUUACUAGACCAUGAAAGUUACAAAUAGUAGACUGUUAUUUUUACUACUGGUGAAGCUUGAAAGACAAAAGCUGUGAAGUUGGUACCCUGGAGAGUGGAGACGAUGACGAACUGUAAGGGGGAAACGGACGUAAAUGCAUGCACGUGUCAUGAAUGAAACUAUAUUAGCUCAGUUGCAGAGGCAUCAUCUAUUAUCAGCUAUAAAUGAUUAGCUCAUUUAUUUAAAAGUUCUCUUGAUCCAUGAAGUUGAAGAACCUAGCGAUCGAUGUAAAUUUAACUUCUGUAAGCUGUCCUUUUUCUUUCUCCCUUCUACCGGGUGUUCUUUUAGCAAGCAACACCACGAAUGCUUGUAACCUUAACAUGUUGAUGGCCUGUAAAUGGAAGUAAUCCAUUAGAGAUUGAUAAAAUUACAGGUUGUAAUGCAAUUUCGUUCAGAUUUCAGUACUUGGGUGGUUCCAUCA